GAUCGAGGAAACUUUGUGGCUUUGCUUGAUUGGAAGUUGCCCCCAUCACAUUCACCGAUGUAGAUUUGCUUCCAAGGGAACCCCUACAACGAUGCCACGGUAUAUAAGCUAAACCGUCUUCAGAAUCAGUCAACUCGCAUAAUUAUCAACGUCAAUUUUAAUGCGCCAGCGUGAUUCAUUCAAACUCCCCAUUUAGAAGGUUCGUCAUUCUAUAAACAGAGCACCUGUGCUUCUAGCGCAGAGAGGAAGAAGAAGGAAGACGAAGAAGAUCCAGAAAACAAUGAACUUUCUGCCGUUUCUUUUCAUCUCAGCCUUCUACUUUCUUCAAUGCCCGGCUUUUGCUGCUCAAAAGUCCUAUGUGGUUUACCUCGGAGCCCAAUCCGACUUUGCAGCAGAAUUCUCUGCUGAUGCUAAUGAAAUCGUGACACAAUCCCACUUUGAGCUCUUGGAAUCAUUCCUUCAGAGCAAGGAGAAGGCCAGGGAUGCAAUCUUCUACUCUUACACAAGAUGCAUCAAUGGCUUCGCAGCAAUCCUGGAGGAGGAAGAUGCUCUGGAGAUCUCAAAGCAUCCCGGAGUUGUUUCUGUUUUUGAGAACAGAGGGCACAAGCUCCACACAACUCGGUCAUGGCAGUUCCUUGGCCUGGAGAGAGACGGCAUUGUCCCGAAGCAAUCUCUGUGGACAAAAGCUAGAUUUGGGGAAGAUGUAAUUAUCGCUAAUCUUGAUGGUGGUGUCUGGCCAGAGUCCAAGAGCUUCAGGGAUGAUGACAUGGGACCCAUUCCUUCUAAAUGGAAAGGAAUAUGCCAGAAUGGUAGCAAGCACGAGUUCUCCUGCAACAGGAAGCUGAUCGGCGCUCGAUAUUUCAACAAAGGCUAUUUAGCCGCCGGCGGCGUCGUAAACUCGACUCUAAACAGCCCCCGCGACCAGGACGGGCACGGCACACACACGCUCUCUAUCGCCGGCGGAAGCUUCGUCCCCAACGCCAGCUUUCUCGGCUUCGGCAAUGGCACGGCCAAAGGCGGCUCUCCCCGAGCACGUGUGGUUGGCUACAAGGUCUGCUGGCCUCCCAUCAAUGGCAGCCAGUGCUUCAGCGCCGACAUUCUUGCCGGCUUCGAAGCCGCCAUCAAAGACGGCGUUGAUGUCAUCUCCGUCUCGUUCGGUAGCAUGGCCGUCAACUAUUUCAGAGAUGCGAUUGCAAUUGGAUCUUUUCAUGCCGUCAACAAUGGGAUUGCAGUCGUUACGUCGGCGGGGAAUUUGGGGCCGGUGCCGGCAUUUGUCUCGAAUGUCGCGCCGUGGCUGUUUACGGUUGGAGCCAGCACCAUUGAUAGGGAGUUCCCUUCUUAUGUUGUGUUGGACCAGAAGCGGCAAUUCAUGGGGCAGAGCUUUUCGAGCGAAAGCUUAGCGAAGAACAAAUUGUACCCAUUGAUUCGUUCGAUUGAUGCUGCAAAUGCCGAUGCUUCUAGCGAUGAUGCAGACAAGUGCCUUCCUGGAAGUUUAGACAAGAAGAAAGCGAAGGGAAAAAUUUUGGUCUGUACAAGAGGAGCAAAUGUUAGGUUGGAAAAGGGUGAGGUGGUCAAGUUAGCCGGCGGCCUCGGCAUGAUUUUAGUCAAUGAUAACUUCACCGCCGAUGAGAUCAUUGCCGACCCUCACUUCCUUCCGGCCACCCAUAUCACCUAUUCUGACGGCCUAAAGCUUCUUUCCUACAUCAAGUCUACCAAGUCGCCAAAGGCCUCCAUUACCCAUCCAGUCACUAAACUUGGCACAAAGCCAGCCCCAUUCAUGGCUGCAUUUUCAUCUCAAGGCCCCAACACCAUAAAUCCUGAAAUCCUAAAGCCUGAUAUAACUGCUCCAGGAGUGAGCAUUAUCGCUGCUUACAGUGAAGGAACCUCGCCCUCCGGUCUCGACUUCGACAAACGUAGAUUCCCCUUCAACUUAGAGUCUGGUACUUCCAUGGCUUGCCCUCAUGUUGCUGGCAUUGUUGGCCUUCUCAAAUCCCUUCACCCGAACUGGAGUCCUGCUGCUAUCAAAUCAGCAAUCAUGACUACAGCAAAAGCACGAGAUAACCUAUUGGAGCCAAUAAAAAACGGAACUUUAGCCAAAGCCAACCCAUUCAACUAUGGGUCGGGCCAUGUUCGUCCCAACCGUGCCAUGAACCCGGGUCUUGUAUACGACCUCAGUGUCACUGACUACUUGAACUUCCUCUGUGCUCUUGGGUACAGCUCAACUCAAAUCUCCACCUUCAAAAAAUAUAACUGCCCAUCAAAAGCUCGGGCAUUGGUUGAUCUUAACUACCCUUCGAUCACCAUUCCUGAGCUCAGUGAUUCGAUCACUGUCGCUCGUAAGUUGAAGAAUGUGGGCACGCCGGGAACAUAUGUGGCACGUGUACGCAGUCCCAAUGGGGUGAUGAUAAAAGUGGCGCCAACGAGCCUCACAUUUAAGGAGGCUGGCGAAGAGAAAACUUUUAAACUUACCUUAGCGCCAAUAGGUGACUUUGUUGCAAAAGAUUAUGUUUUUGGCUUGCUUGAGUGGUCUGAUGGUAAUAAACAUCGUGUUAGAAGUCCCAUAACUAUAAAAUCCAAAGGAUUUUAACCACUCAUCAUCUAAAGUUGUGUUUUUUACC